AUGUCCUCUUCAGCUGGUUACCGGCUUCUCCAGCAGGGCGAGUCUUCGGAAUCUUCACCACCUCGAUCCGAACAGGACGUCGCCAUGGGCAAGAGACUCGGGCUCUUUCGAGCUUGUUACGUCGUCGCUUUAUGCUGCAUCGGUUCGUUCUUAUUCGCCUACGAUACAGGAAUAGUGGGAGGUGUCUUGACCCUCGCAUCUUUCCAGCAUGAUUUCCGCUAUACCAAGGCCGAAAAGACACAAGUCAACUCGAAUUGUGUCUCCAUCCUGCAAGCCGGAGCAUUCUUUGGCUGUUUCGGAAUCUGGCCACUGACCUCUUGGCUGGGCCGCCGCUGGGGCUUCAUCAUUGCCUCGGUCGUCUUCUGCAUCGGCACCAUCAUGCAAAUCGUCAAUAGCCAUUCCAUCGGACUCUUCUACGCCGGCAGAGUCAUCGCUGGUCUGGGAACUGGAGCAGCGACUGUGCUCGUUCCCAUGUUCUCGGCGGAAAUGGCCCCCAAAGAGAUCCGAGGCAAGCUCGGUUCUUGCUUCCAACUCUUUUUCGCUACAGGAGUCUGCGUCAGCUACUGGGUUGACUAUGCUGCAAGUGCUGGCAUUUCCAACAAUUCCUCCACGCAAUGGCAGGUUCCUGUUGGCCUGCAGCUCGUGCCAGGUGCUCUACUUGGAAUGGGCAUGCUCCUGGUCAAAGAGUCCACCCGAUGGCUUGCAAAGAAAGGCCGCAACGAAGAAGCGUAUGCUUCACUCUUGUGGGUCCGCGGCGGUGUUGACAGUCCUGAAAUCAGGGCAGAGUUCUCGGAGAUUCUAGCUGGUGUUGAACUUGAAAUCCGCGAGUCCGAAGGCCUGACCUGGAAAGAACUUCUCCUUCCGUCCAACAGAUAUCGGAUGUUCGUCGCUAUCACCAUUCAGCUCUGUGCACAGCUUACCGGCAACACCAGUCUCGCAUAUUUCGCUCCUCAGAUCUUCGCCACCAUUGGUGCCGGGAACAAGUCCCUCUUCAUCACGGGCUUCUUUGGAAUUCUCAAGAUGGCAGGCGUGUUGACAUUCAUAAUCUUCUUCGUCGAGAGGGUCGGCCGACGUAUCCCAUUCAUGGCUGGGGCGUUUGCUAUGGGCAGUUUCAUGCUCAUCAUUGCCCUGAUUGUUGACAAGCACCCUCCAAAGGCUUCCGCAACUGGAAUCACUGCUUCUGGAGCGGCAGGAAUUGCCAUGGUCUACCUCGAAGCCUUCUCAUUCAACAUGUCGUGGGGGCCGCUCCCUUGGCUAUAUAUUGGAGAAAUCUUCCCGAAUCGCAUCAGAGAGAUCGGUAUCGCCACUGGUGCAGCGAGUCAGUGGCUGUUCAACUUCGUCAUGAGUCAGAUCACUCCACAUGCCAUCGACAAUCUCGGCUGGAGAACGUUUUUGAUGUUCGCGAUAUUCAACUAUGCCAUCAUCGUCUACAGCUACUUCUUCUUGAAAGAAACCACGGGUAAGAGUUUGGAGGAAAUGGAGGUCGUGUUUGGCACAGUUCAGAGACUGCCUAGCAAAGAUGAUGAGGAGGCUGAGUCGCAGGCUGGACAAGCACAAGCGCAGCCGAGGGAAUUGCAUGAGACGGUCAAAUAGAGGCAGUCAGUCUGUGCGGGACUGCUCGAGGCAGUAACAAGCCCCAUAGGUUUGUCGAUUUAGAGGGAUGUUGAAGGCCUGUUGGGAAGCUCCAAAAGUGAAAAUACGAUCGACGGAAGACGCUUCAAUUCAGAACAGCGCCACUGUCCCGCUUGAGACACACCGUGUAGGAUCGACGAAUGCAUUUACUACUCAGAAAUAGUCGACCACUUCUCACAAGCUGAUCUCGAUGAGUUGAAACGACUGAUUGAAUGAAUCCCAUGGAACAAGUUCUUCUUUAACUGAGUGCAGUUAAGUGAGCGAAC